GCAUCGCCCAUUCUUCCACUCCUCCACUGCAUCCGUCAUUACAGAAAACUAGAACCGUCGCCCUCCACCACCACUCCUCCGUUCAUGCUAUACCAAGCUCCUUCCUCCAAUCCUGUCAUAACUUUGUUAAUAUCGCCCCCUUUUUUCCCUUCCAUCCUCAGUACUCAUUCGGCGUGCUCGAGUUAACCGCCGCUGCCUCUGGAUUUGGUUCAUCGUCGCUCUUUUCCCACUCAUCCCUUCCGCCUUCUUUCCCGUCUUCCUGCGGCGGUAGGUUCUGGUGUCGUGUCAUCGGGUGCCCUAUCCUCGUUUCCCGCAAUAAGGGGAAAGCGCGGACAAUAAUAGAGCGGGUAGCCGCCCCACUGCCUACUUCGACCAAUUCGUCACCUCUCCCAGCCCCCCCCUAAUAACAAACGCGCCCGCCCCGACCCUCGCGUUUGUCAACGUAGGCUUCACGUCCCCCUCGCGUUGCAAUCCGCGAAAAUUUCCCCCUUCCUCUCUUCCUCCUCACCGUCACCAUGUUUUAUUCAGAAACUUUAUUGUCCAAGACAGGGCCUCUGGCUCGCGUCUGGCUAAGUGCUAAUCUUGAGCGCAAGCUCUCGAAAACACACAUUUUACAAUCUAAUAUCGAAUCGUCGGUCGGUGCUAUUGUUGGUCAGGAUCAGGCUCCUAUGGCCUUGCGUUUGAGCGGCCAGCUACUCCUGGGCGUUGUCCGAAUCUACUCCCGCAAAGCUAGGUACUUGCUCGAAGAUUGUAAUGAGGCAUUGAUGAAGAUAAAAAUGGUAGGCCCCUCUACUAUUUAACUCUAUGCCCCCACUGCACAGGUCGCCUUCCUGUCAUCUUUGUCCAUCUCUAACGCGUCUCUUUCUAGGCCUUUCGCCCAGGCAAUGUUGAUUUGCCUGCCGGCGCCACUGCACCUACGGCGGCUCAACUCACGCUCCCCGAUGUGAUCACGGAACUUGAUUUGUUGCUGCCCGACCCAACGCUGGAUUUGGGUGAUAUCGGCGAAUUGCCCUUCGAUUCCGAAGCGUAUAUAUCCCGAAGACAGCCCAUAACCCUUGCAGAGGACAGUAGCCAAUUCCUGCAGGAGUCUAUCGAAAUGGAAGUGGGACGUAGGAGCCCCGAGGCGAAGGAUGUCGGUUUCGGUCUUCAACUUGAUGAUCUGGAUCUUGAUGUCGGCGAAGAGGCGGAGACCCCAAGACCGCCACGGGCAGCUACUGUUGAAGGCGUUGUGCCUGGUAUCCUGGAAGUCACCCCCGAAGUUGGGAGAAGAGAACUCCCAGCGAGGGAUUUUAGAGAUGACCUGUUGUCAGAGCCCAUGGAAGUGGAAUAUGAGGCACAGGCAAAGAGGGAAGAAGCCGAGAUAGGGCUCGCGCCCCCGGAGGAAGACUUGGGUCUAGUGUUUGGAGAAGAGGCCGAGAUGGGGUUCCCAGGCGAAAUUGGUCUGGGCGAAGGUGAUUUGACAAUUCUCGAGGCUCCGAGUGAGGUUGGCAGAGCCUCUCCUAUAGCCCCCCUUCAGAUUGAGCCACCAGAAUCUGUCCACGAAGCGCCAUCGAUCCAUGACAUUCCGCCUUUCGCACGUGACUCCGAAUCCCCACUUUCCUCAGCUCGUAGCAGUGUUGUGCGCGACCUCGAGGCGGACCUUCAACAGCAAGGCAGAUUUGUGGAUGUGAGCUAUAUUGUCGAGGCUCUUCGAGAGCCGAGUGAGGAGCCAGAGGAGAUACUCGCACACCGACGCCAGGUGCGUGGGAGAAGAGUAAUGGUUGACUCUGUGACGGAAAUCCGUGCGAAGCAGAUUAAGGCUCAGCAGGAGGAUCGCAGCAAGAUUUUGAUUGAGCCUAACUUCCUGCCCAGAGAUCCCGGGCUUUUGGCUCUUUUGAGUUUGCAGAAGACUAGGGGCUUCGUGCAGAAUGUAUUUUACCCCAAGAACAUUGCGCCUGAAUUAGCCAGCUUCUUGAGCCCUGAAUUCGUGCGAAGGAUGGCCGAACUGAAAAGAAAGAGGGAAGGUGAGGAAGCCGAGGGCGAAGAAGCUGUGGAGCGUGCCGAGCGCCCUAGCCCUGUGAAGCACCCUAGAUUAGAAAUAGAGGAAGAGGAAAUCUUGCCCCCUCAUGAAGUGGAGGAACGCGCCAGCCCGGAAGAGGCUGAAGAGAUGUUUGAAUUUCCCUUACCCGAACCAGCUCCACCAAUGGCUAUGGAAGAGGAAAGUUUUGUUGGACUACCAGGUAUGUAUACUUUGCUUCCCCUAUAUCCAGUACCCAAGCCAUGUUUCAGUGUGGCUGAAAAUUCCGCCUGCAGCGCCUUCCCCCCCAGCCGCCCUACCUCCUCUCGAGGAGGCCUCUCCCGAACCUGAAUUCGAGCUACCGCCGGCUGUCCAACCCCUCUCUCUGCAAACGCGAGCCGCCGUCCACCUCCUGAGAGAACAAUUCUCUGAGCCCUCAGCAAAGAAACAGGUCGUCUUCCAAGACCUCCUCCCCCACGAGUCCACAACGGCGACUGAUGCCACAAAGAUGUUCUUUGAGGUGCUGGUCCUGGCCACCAAGGACGCCAUUGGUGUCAAGCAAGAGGUUGGGUUCGGCGAGAUUGAGAUCUCACCGAAAAAGGCACUGUGGGGUGCUUGGGCGGAGGAGAAGGACGAGCAACAGAUCCAGGAAGAGAAGGAGCAACAGCAAGAAGAGGAGAAUGCGAAAGAGGAAGGUGAGGGCCAACGCCGUGGCAGGGAGAUGGUCAUUGGAGUUGGCAGGACUGCGGUUGAAGGGACUGCGGCUGCCUGA